UUGUAAAGAAGUAUCAUUACCAUUAUAUGCAGAUUGCAUUGUUAUACGAUCCUUUAUGGUGGUUGGAAUGAGAUUUCACAGUGGUCGUAAAUUUAAGAAAUCGGAUAUCAUCACUCUUGAACCAGAACCUUCUAAUAUAUAUGACAUAAAUGCAAUAAAAGUUAUUGUAGAUGGUAUUCAUAAAGCCUAUAUAGCAAAGAAUGAAAAUGAAAGCAUUGAAGAUUUAAUAAAAUGA